AUGGUAAAAAGGCGAAUCGCACAAAAGAAUGUUUGUGGUCAAGAUGUUGCGAAGUUUGCUACUGAAGCAUUUCAGUCAGUAGCUCAGCAAGAAUGGAAAAAUUGUGUUGACUAUGUCAUCAAGAUAGAAAAUGAAUAUUUUACCCGUGGAGGAUCUCUGUAUAAUGAUAUUGACAAAUUUGUCAUCUCAGUAAGCGAUGAUAAUUCCGGUGAAUCUGAAGAGUCAGAAAUGGACCAAUUUAAUUACGCAGGAGCUUCAGGCAACAUUUCGGGAAUUGAAUACCUCGACUCAGAAGAUUUGAACUCAGAUUAA